AUGGCGACUCAGGCGGCGGAGAAGCCGCAGGCGCUUCAUAACGAGAAGCGGUUUGUAUUUCAAGGCAGCCUGAAUCGCCUUCUAAAUGAUACCAAGCGAAUUCCGCCGAGCCAAACGCCAUGCGCAAAAUGUACGCAACGGAAACGCGUGUGUAUCUGUGGAACCGUUAACGGGGCAGUUGGUAGAACAGCAUCUUACGAGAUCACCGAACUCGUAGAAACGCGAGCCAUGUUAUCAGAACUCCGAGACUCGCUCAAUGGAAUAGAUAUAGAUAAGUGGUCUAUACACACAAAACUACUUGAUGAAACUUCACUAGUAGUGAAGCAAGUAGCGGAAAUCACUACAGUGGUCAAUGGCAAACGUGAGCCAGGUGUCGAACUUGUGACGAACGCAUGGGUCAAACUAUUCGAAAUUCUAGAAUUCUAUAAGGUAAUUGAUAUGGUAAAACCAGAUCUGGCAAGAAAAGGUGGUACAGUACAUUCGUUCCACAUAUCGGAAUGCCCAGGCGCUUUUAUAUCAGCAAUCAACCAUGCUGUCAAACAAAGGAACAGCCUCGCAAAUCUAUCAUGGAAAGCAACGUCCCUAAACCCAUAUCACGAAGCUAAUAGCCAUCUAGAAUGCCUCGCAGAGGAUAUACUAUUUAGGGAUACAUACAGCAACUGGUUAACAGGUGCCGAUGAAUCGGGUAAUAUUACACGUACGGCAAACAUAGAACACAUAUGGGAUAGCGUAAGUCGACCGAGCAAGUUAAACAAGGGAAAUGUACCGGUACUAUCAGAUGUAGUUACAGCCGAUGGCUCAUUCGACUGCCAAGCAGAUCCUAAUAACCAGGAGAAACUCACAGCACCACUGAAAUUAUCGGAGGUUGUAUGUGCUCUAGGACUCAUGCGUGUCGGAGCGGUAUUCAUACUCAAGAUGUUCACUCUAUUUGAAGAAAGCUCAUUGUCUAUUGUAUCACUACUGAGCAUGUGCUUCAAAACAAUUGAGGUAUACAAACCACACCUAUCCAAAUCAAACGGGUCCGAGGUGUAUCUUAUAUGCAUAGGGUUCAACGGCAUUACAUCAGUACUGCUAUGUGCACUUUGUAGGAUCAUCAACGAAUAUGUUUCCACAAAGGAAAGGAAAGCGAUCUUACCGAAAGAAUGGAUACCAAGUUCAUUCAGGGCAGAAUUCGUUGAAUGCGCAAAAAUGUUCGCUCAACUGCAGUGCCGAAGUUUACGAACGGCAAUGUCACAGUAUAUGCAGUUAACAGAUGAAAACGUAUUCUACAAGAAGAAACGUGAAUUUGCAAAAAGGUUCCUUGGACAGUUCCCAGUAACGGCAAUACCCUCCGAUUGCCGCUUGGUAAAAUACAUCUCGUUCAGCGAUAAUGUAAUCACCGGGAAAGAUACAAGCUCACUUUUUCAUGUACCGAAACGCAGACUACCGGAUCUUGACGCAAGACGGGCAUUUUCAAAGUGCUACGAUGAUCUGCAGAAAAGGAGGGCAGAACUACACAAACAGUACAGGAGGAAAAAGGAACCACGACACUUCCUUUCAUUGUCCAGAAGUGCAACGUGUGAGAACUUUGGACGCAAUAUUGGCGAGGCAUUGCGAUUUGCUAACGAAUACCGACCGGAAUAUCCUGCCUUUGAAAAAGGACCACUCAGCCUAGACUUCGAUCCUAGACUGCUGAGUGAAUUACAUUCCGAUCUGCAGAAUCAACGAUAUGUUAAAGAGUCGUGGUUUGUUGCAGCAUCUAUUCAAUCGCAUGAGAUACGCAUGAGCCAUUUCGUUUGCAAUGACCUGCUAUUCGACGUCAUGCGUGUUCGCACACACUGCAGCGAAAAACUUCCUAUUGUCACGCCAAUGGAUAUACUAUGCGUCGAUGGUGCCGUAGGUGAGGCUAUGUCGGACAUACAUCUUCUACCUAACGCAUCGACCGUAGACCUUGCACUUAUUGUCAAACGUUAUCUGGAUCUGGAACGUUAUCAGACCUACCUGGAAAUAACAUCAAAUCCGUUACAACAGUUUCCUGCUGUCUCCUUGCUAAAACGUCAUGGGAUAGCUGGGUCGUUGAUAUAUGGGUUCAGUGCAGCAGGAGAUGCAACAUCACUCAUCCAAUUCGACUCUUCGUACGAGCUCGAGGUUAUCGUAGACUCUUUUGUGGGUGAUGGUAACGUUGCAUUCUGUUUCGAUUUUAACUAUGACCAAUGUCUAGCCAUGGGAGAUAGCUACAAAAAUCUCACCAGCCAGUUACAAGAAUCGACAGUUAACUUCUCUUGUGAUUUUGUUUUCUGUGAUUCGAGACGCUCACCACAACAUCACCGCGAGGUAGGACUUGAUGAAAUCAAGUCGAAACAUGUGCUAGUUGCACAACUCGUACAGGCAUUUUUCUGUCUGGAUACUGGUGGAGAUCUGGUAAUCGCCAUGAGCACGCUGUUGACACGAUUCAGUGUCUGUAUAAUAACUGUGUUGAGGACAGCGUUUCAGGAUGUGCAUCUGUACCGACCAGAAUCCGUUGCACCGUGGACUCAACGUACCUAUAUUGUAUGUCGAAAUUACAGCGGAAGGACUAAUUCGUUCUGCCGUUACUACAUGCAAUGCCUCUGGGAUGCCAUAUGCCUCCAUAAGAAAACUGGCAAAGAGCUAGUGCAAAUAUUGCGUGCGCCAUAUUUCACCCAUUUCGCUAGACAGUUGUGGGAGUUCAACACACAUUUGAUGCAAUUACAACUUGCCGAUUUGGAACUUCAUGUAAAAGGGGAGCGGAUUUCAUCUUGCCGUGAGUCACAUGCUGUUGCCUUUUUACGUGACCUCGAUAUAAUCGACAUUUUAUAUCCUCAGCGUCUACUGGAAAUUAAUGGCCCUUGUCACUUAUUUGUCGAAGAUAAUGUAGGUUUUGCAUCCUCAUACUGUCAUACUUUGCAGGAAAAUGCCGAAGGUAUACGCGUAUCAGAAAAACGCCAAAGGCAAGAUGAGUCAGACGAACAGCCAACCACACCGAUAGAGUCGCCCGAAGACGACGAUCCCCUAGUGUCACCCAUCUGGUCUAGUGACGACGAUUAA